AUGUGUGGAACGGGACAAAAAGCGAGUCAACAAAAAAUUCGGCGACUAUUGGGCAAAGCGCACAUAGGAUUGGUGUGCUCAAAGACGAUCAAUCAAUUGCUCGAUGAGUUGCCACAACAGCAAGGCAAUGCGAUCCCUUUAAAGCCGUUAGGCAGUCGCAUGAUGCUCUUUAUGGAGGUUUGUGACGAUGCAGUGGUUUUGCGAGCAGUCACUGGCGCGAUCACCGAACGUUGGUGGUAUGAGAGAUUGGUGAAUAUGACCUAUUCACCAAAAACAAAAGUCUUAUGUUUAUGGAGAAGACAUGAGGAUAAAGUACACAUGCAUAAGUUCUACACAAAAAAUGUCGAGAGCUUUAUCUCUGCA